AUGCCCAUGCACGAGAUAAAGCCCACGGGGCACGAAGCCGAAGCUCGAAGUGAGGCUCCUAGGAUCGCAAGGGAGACCCAAGAGGAGCAAGACGAUCGUAGCGGGAAACGCAACAAACUCCAUAGAGCACCACCCAAAAGGGGCCGAAGAGACCCCAUUAUCUUCUCAGAUGACGAUUUACCCGAUGGUCCAACCCCGCAUCGGGAUGCUAUCCUGAUCGUAAUGGACGUCAAUGGAGCUACAGUUCGAAGGGUUUUCGUGGACACGGGCAGCAGUGUUAAUGUCAUGUAUCUCGAAACAUUCACUAAGUUGGGACUGACCAAGGAGAACCUACACCAGGUGAGAACACCUCUAGUAGGAUUCACAGGAAACAGCAUAGAGCCAGAGGGUUGCAUCACCCUGACUAUAGAGAUCGGAGAAUACCCCAGGGUACGGGCCAUCAAUAUGGAAUUCGUGGUUGUAGACCUGAAAUCUGCACACAACAUAAUCUUGGAAAGGCCUGGUUUGGAGGACCUGGGAGCCGUGGUAUCGCUUGAACACCUAUGUUUGAAAUUCCGAACACCUGAAGGGGUAGGGACUAUCAUAUGUGAUCGCCAGGCGGCGCGAUCCUGUUACCUCCUCGCGUGCCGCCAAAUAGGGAGUCAGGAUCUACAGGUGUAG